UACCUUAAGAGGAAUGUACAUUUCUUUAGGAGUCCUGACCCCCGGGAUGAUAUGGGAGCAUAUACUGUCUCCUCCAGAGGACCACCACUGAAAAGGGGUCCGCCAGGGCGUGCAAAUGGACCACCGCCUAAAAGACCCCUCCCUUCAGGACCGAUGCGAAGCGGGGGAAUGGGUGGAAGAGGAAGUGGGUCGAGAGGACCUCCCUCACGUGAAAGGGACAGUUAUGGUUCACCUCCAUCUCGUAGGGAGAUGAUGCCAUCCAGAAGGGAUGAUUAUAUGCCAAGAGAUGAUUAUUACAACAGCAGAGACAGUUAUUCUAGCAGAGAUUAUCCAAGUUCGAGAGAUUCCAGAGAUUAUGGCCCACCACCAAGGGACUCCUAUAGUUCCCGUGAAUAUUCUCACUCCGGACGUGAUGAUUAUGGCUCCCGCGGAUACAGUGAUCGUGACGGUUAUGGUGGACGUGAACCACGUGACUAUUAUAAUGAUCGCCCAAGUGGUGGCUCCUACAGAGAUUCCUAUGAUGGCUAUGGUAACUCACGUGGUGCUCCACCUGCACGAGGGCCCCCACCAUCUUACAGUGGAAGUGGUCGUUAUGAUGACUACAGCACCAGUUCUCGGGAUGGAUAUGGUGGAGGCCGUGAUAACUACAGAAGUGAGACUUAUUCAAGUAGCCGCAAUGAUCGUGUUGGUAGGCAAGAUAGAGGCCCAGCUAUGCCAAUGGAAAGAGGCUACCCCCCGCGUAAUUCGUACAACAGCUCGAGCCGUGGAGGAAAUCGUGGAUCUGGGCGCGGUGGGAACCGCUAUGACAGGGGCAGUGGCCGAAGCAGAUACUAAACUGAACUUGAUAUACCAUGGACCAAAAAAAGCCCUUGCUCUUAGUGGUGUUUUUUCCUUACUGAAACACAACAGACAAAAUUUUGAGGUGAAAGGACUGUCAAGUGCUUUCCAUGCAAGCAGAUUUUGAAAACUUUAAUUUUGGUUUGCUGUUUCAUGUUAGUUUCUUGUUUUUUUUUUUAAAAAAAAGUCAGUUUGUACAUUCUAGUGGGAAUGGUGCAGAGACUGGUUAAAGAUGGGGAAAAAAAAGUUAAUGUUAUAACAGUGCUACUGUCUGUGGCUUUCUCCAUACAUAAAUAUGGAUAUAUAGAAAUAGAUCUUUCUUUGUUGCACCAGUGCUAUUGUGAAAUAAAGACUGAAACCUUUUCAGUGAAACCUGUAUGUUUUUUAACCAAGCUCCUUUUGGGUGGGAAAUGCAAAAGCAAAUCAUAUUAGCCUGGUUUUUACAAAUGGGAAGGAAAAAUGUCCAGACAACACAAUACACCAAAGAGCAAGAAAUGGCGAUGACCGGUCAUUAACUGCCCAAUGAAACGUUGCAAUUUCAAAAUAUACCAGUUAUGUUUCAGUCUCCUCCAGUUCCAGAUCACCAUUCAACCUCUCAACUCCAGUCACAGCUGACUCUGAAGCAAGCUGGUUUUUUAAAAAAAAUCAAAUCGUCAGCAGUGAGUAUCUUUAAAAGUGUUUUGUUUUUAAGUUCUGGCUUAAAAUGGAUACAAAUCGUAAAUUUCCCAAAUGUCGUUAAAACACUUUUAUGACUCAAUUUUCUGAAAGUGUAGUGUCUCACCUUUAAAAGGAAUUUGCUAUGGCUUUAAGAAUUAAGCAUCAAGACCUGCAAUGGCCUGUCACUGUUCAAAAGUUGGAGACUUAAAGACAGUUGAAUGUAGAACAUUCUCAGCCGAUUCAAAGUGCCCUUUUAAUGUGAAAAGAACAACUCUGGUAAGCAACGCAACCUUAUUUUGUUAACCUACUAAAUGAAACCUGUGGUUACAUAAGGAAGCACAUCGUUCACCAAUUAAUACUCCAUGUUGAAUUUAAACAGAAAAGUGGAAUUAUGUAGGUAAUGAGCAAACCAUUUAAAAUUACCUACUAAAUGAAAUACAAUUACAUAAGGAAGUGCAUCGUUCACUCAACAUAACUCCAUGUUCAGUUUAAAGAAAAUGGAAUUGUAUAGGUCCAGCAGCAAAAUCCUUUUUUUUAAAGUUACCUACUAAAUGAAACCUGUUUGCUUAAGGAAGCCCAUCGAUCACCAAAUAUAACCACUGUCCUGUUCGGUUUUUUAAAAAUGAAAUGGAAUUCUGUAUGGUAUCACAAAACUCAAACCUGCAAAACAAAUUUUCUGAACUACGUUGGACAAGCAUUCAGCAGCAGCACUGGACUGGAUGGCCUAUGGAAAAUGGUGAGCAUAGAAUCAAAUUGCUUUUGGAAAUAAUGGAAUUCUAUGCCAGUUGGAGGUUGUACCCAAACCUACAAAAAAUGAAGAUAACUAACCAGAUCAAAGUAACAUCUGGAUUGGAAUAGCGUGGUUGUGAAAGAACAUGCAACAAACUAUGUAGCAGUAUGGUGUUUGCAGCGUUGAGUUUUUUGAAUAAAAUCAAAGCUUAAAUGCU